AAAACAAAAUCAAGGGAGGAACCAUGGCGGUGAGCUCCUUCGCCGUCCUUCCUCCGUUUGGUCACAGCUCCACAACCGAAAGAUCUUCUUCUUCUUCUUCUUCUUACUCAUCUUCGAAACUUCUCCGCAUACCUCAAUACCGGUUCCGGUCAAAUUCCCGUUGUCCAAAUGUGUUUGUCUCGUCCUCACUGACUCAACCUUCUGAUGAUGCUUCCGACGCCGCCCUUUUUCUAGAAUCCAAUUCAAUUGCUGAUUACAUGAGGUUCAAACGCCGUCCCGACGCCGGAAAUGGCACCAGCGAGUUACAGACUGCAAUUGUCAGUUACAAGAAACGUUUCCCUUGGAUUCUUCUCAACCCUUUUCUUCAGGUAGAUUUGGUCUCAACGAUUCAUAUUGCAGAUAAAGAGUACUUCACUACUCUUCAAAAGGAGCUUGAACCAUAUGAUUCUAUCUUGUAUGAGAUGGUGGCUAGUAAAGAGACCUUGGAAAAUAGGAGAAACCCAAUUGCAGCCAAGAGACUCAAGAGUUCUCGUUCAAGAGGCUUUAGUAUUCUCGGGUUCAUUCAGCGGCAGAUGGCAAGAGUACUAACACUUGAUUUUCAGCUAGAUUGUCUAGACUACGAAACUGAGAAUUGGUACCAUGCUGAUCUCGAUUUCGAGACUUUCCAGUUGCUUCAGAAGGAGAAAGGAGAAAGCUUCUUCUCAUUUGCCAGGGACAUGACUAUUAGAUCAACAAAAGCAAUGAUACAGCCAGCUUUGGAAACUGAAAGUCUUGAUACUUGGAGGUCAAAGCUUCUAUGGGUUUCACGGGUUUUUCCUAUGCCUCUUGUGGGUCUUUUCCUAAUUGGGGCUUUUUGUGCUGACUUUGGAGAUCAGACGUCAGACUAUCCAGAAUUGGAAGCACUUUCACGGCUUGACUUUGGAGCUGCUAUGAAGGUUUUCCUGGCUAAGAGAUUGACAUCCGAGCUAACACAAGCGACAUCAGAUAUAGAGGAGAAAUCUGUCAUCAUUGGUGAGAGAAACCGAGCAGCUACCGAAGCUUUAAGAAGAGCAAUGGAGCAAGGGCACAAGAGAAUUGGAAUUCUUUAUGGCGGAGGCCACAUGCCUGACCUGGGAAGACGACUGAGAGAAGAGUUUGAUCUUGUUCCUUCCGAGGUAAGAUGGGUAACAGCUUGGUCCAUCAGAAAUCCAAAAGACUUGGAGACUAGUUCAUAUCCGAUUCUAAGGAGAAUGGCAGAGGCAUUGCGUUGGCCACUAAACCGGUACCAAACCUUGGCAUUGCUAAUAUUUUCAUCAGUCCUUGCACUGGAUCUGUGCUUUUGGGAGCUCUUCUUUGGUUCGACAAUUGACUGGGCUUCCCAGAUAGGUGCAGAGUUGUACCAGUUAGUAGAUAAUACAAAAAUUGUGUGACGCACAGAAUCAUGUACAAAAUACUAGCUCUUAUUACAGUCUCCAAGUCUCUGUUGUAAAGCAAACAUGGCUCUGAUGUCAAAGAAAUCUAUUGAAUAUUA